CGGAAGUCACUGCGAACCUGCUGCUGCUGCUCAUAUGAUUAUCCACCGACAGCAGCGCGCCUACAAAUGCACGCCUAAAGGAUAGAAGCACACGGAGGACUCGUCUCGGAGCUCUGCAGAUGUCCUGAACAUGUCCAAUGUGGCCCAAACCGCAGCUUUAAUCUUAUACCUGUGGAGCGUUUUCGUGCAAUUCAGCCGCACGACAGGUCUUGGGGUCAACGAGCUGCUGUAUUUUCGGGUCAUCAGUCCAGAGGAGAUCGGGUACAUUUUCAGCGCUGCGCCUGCUAAAGACUUUGGAGGAGACUUUACGUCAUCCUACGAUGAGAUCUUUCUUGUUCCAGCAGAACCUGCAGACGGCUGCUCAGAACUGAAAGACAGAGAAAUCCUGCAGGGACAAGUGGUCCUGGUGGAAAGAGGAGUUUGCUCCUUUGUCCAAAAAGCCCGACAUGUGGAGGAGGCCGGGGGGAAAGCUGUGCUGAUUGCAGAUAACGCAGAGGACAAUGACAGCCAGUACCUGGAUAUGGUGACUGAUGGCAGCACUGCCAAGCCGAGCAUCCCCGCUCUGUUCCUGCUGGGACGUGACGGGAUGAUGAUCAGAAGAUCUCUGCAGAGACAAGCGCUGCCCUGGGCCGUCAUUUCCAUCCCUGUCAAUGUUUCUGCUUUGGCCUCGUUCCCGCUCAAGCAGCCCCCGUGGACGCUUUGGUAGAAAUCACUCACCCACGACUUCAUCCACAUCCAUCCAAACAGUCUGUCGUCUUGUCAACUUAAAGCCACACGAGAAAAGUUAAACAAAUCCACACGGACCGGCAGGGAAUCGGUAAAAUGAAAUACAUCACAGCUAAAGGUGCAAACCUCUCUAACUGCUGAUGUAGGUGGAGGAAGGCGUUGAGGUUGGAAACACUGGUUUUCUGUGAGUGUAUCUUGCAGGAGAUCCGUCUCUAGGAGCUUGUUUUUAGAUGAUCUGUUCCUUAGUUGUAAAACUGUGAAAUAUUCUGCAUUAAUUUAACACACACAGAUGUAAACCAGCCGUCUCUUCUGCCUUUUGAAAUAGGACAAACUUUUGUGAAAGGAACUCAUUUGAACAGACAGGCCGUGACGCUCCUGUUUUUCUGCAUGAACUUGAACACGUUUGCACUCUAACGAGAAAUGGAUUCAUUUUCUCAUCAUAAAAUAAAUAAAUGAAAUGAAUUUUUGCACAAA